CCACAUUAUCAGACAGUUACUCCGCCACUCGCUAGAUGAUGCUGCAGCCUCCGUGUCCGGUCAAACCGAGCUGCUGCUGCAGGAAAACGCAGGAGCUGAAAUGCGAUCUCCCCCCUUCGCUGCUAAUCUGUCUGUGGUAAUGAGCUGUUUAACUGCCUUCACAAGACAAUCACUCUCAACACAUGCAUGUUUCCAUAGGAAGAAUGAACGCGAUGUCCCUGUGAUGUGUCAAAGAAUGAAGACCCUCCCACUCUGGUUUUAGACUGCACCAUGUUGGAUAAAGCCAGUGAUAAAGACCAACAGACUGAGCAUUGCUCAGACUGUGGAUGCAGACUACCAGAGCCGGACUUUGAUUCAACCAACACUUCAGCCACUCCUAAACAGCAGCGUGUGCAAAAAGCAGUCAGUCCUUCCAAAUGCUCAUCCUGCCAGGCAGGCAGCAGUCUCCCUAACGGGCGACGUCCACACCGCCGCCUCCGCUUGGACCCUCACAGCUGCGGCCUGUGCUCCAAAACCUUCAUCUCCUCCGCCCACCUGAACCUUCACCUCGCCUCUCACAACAAGGAGAGGAAGUUCAGAUGUAGCACCUGUGGCAAGUACUUCCACCAGUCCUCCCACCUGAUGGCGCACAAGAUAAUCCACAGCGGGGACAGGCCGUUUAAAUGCCCAGAUUGUGGUAAGACCUUCGGCCGCGCCUCCCAUCUGAAGACCCACCGUCGGCUCCACACAGGCGAGAAGCCCUUCAAGUGCACCUACUGUGACAAGUCGUUCACACAGAAGGCUGGACUCCUGGCACAUGUUCGUCUACACACAGGGGAGCGGCAAUACAAGUGUGAGCAGUGUGGUGAGGGUUUUCGCUCUUUGGCACUCCUGCUCUCUCACAAGGCUGCGGAGGCAUCUGGGCAGGCCAAACCACUGUCACCGCCUGCACUCAACCAGCCUCAGAAGACACAGAGUACCCUGGAGGAUCUGAAAUGUGGCGUCUGCUGCCGCACCUUUGUACGAUCAUCAUACAUCAGGCUGCACAUACGCCUCAAAAAAGGACAGCGGCCAUAUCACUGCAAAGUGUGCAACAAGACCUUUGUCAAGCUGGAUACGUUUGUGAACCACUGUGAUAAACACCUAAGACAGAAAAGGGAUAAAAGUGUGGUAAAGGUGGUUAAAGACAAAGUUGUUAAACCUCCCCUGUUUGUCCCACUCUCCAGGCCUCCUUCUCCUGAACCCUCACCCACUCAGCCGUCACCCACAGAGGUCAACACACGCUCCAGAGCAAAAGCAAAGACUAAGACGGAGCCAUGACCAAGAGAAGUGCAUCCACCAAGAAAAAAAUGCCCUUAAACUAAUAAAUGUGCCAGGGCACAUAGCGGUAACAAAUGCACGACAGGAG